AUGUUCAUUCUGCGAUGGGUUUACCUUGCAGGCCUUCUUGGAGGGGCUUUUGCAAAUCCAGGAAAAUCGCUAGCCAAAAGAACCACCGUCAGUGAGAUCCUGACUGAUAUCGAAGAUGCUGUCACCUGUACAGCAUGCGAGGCACUCCUCGUUGUCCUUCAAGCACUGGCCCAUUUGGGUAAUGCCGAUUUUGUCGACGUGAUCACCGAAGUGUGCAUUCUGGCAGGGGUUGAGGAUAGCGAUGUCUGCGAGGGUGCUAUCUCUCGUGAAGGGCCUAUUCUUGCCCAUGACCUUCGCAAUAUGGACAUUCCUUCCACGACUGCACAACUGUUUUGUUCUACCGUAUUUGGGCUAUGCGAUUACCCUGAUGUUACGGAAUACACAGUGGACUUCCCAUCUGCCAAGCCAGCAAAUGCAUCGCGUCCUGCUUCCAGUGGAGAAACUCCUAUCCAGGUUGUCCACAUCAGCGACAUCCACGUUGACCUUUCGUAUGAGACGGGCGCAAAUUACAAUUGUACCAAAAACAUCUGCUGUCGUCCGUACACAUCCGCCGAUGCGCCCGGAAACACCAGCUACCCGGCCGGUGAAUACGGCAAUCACCAGUGCGAUUCUCCCCUUACUCUCGAGGAGAGCAUGUACGAAGCGAUUGCAAGUUUGGCGCCCGACGCAUCUUUCACCAUUUUCACGGGUGAUGUUGUCGAGGGUGCCGUCUGGCUCGUCAACGAGACUGAAGUGACGAGCGAUCUGAACGACGCAUACAAAACUCGAAUGCCUUCUUACCUUGACUUGGUCUACGGUGUCAUCGGUAAUCACGAUGUUGCGCCUGUCAACUCUUUCCCUCCUUCCGACAUUGACACCACCAUCUCCAGCCAAUGGGCAUAUGAUACCCUCUCCUCUGACUGGACUCAAUGGAUUGGAUCAACAGCUGCUACCACCGCUGAUGACUAUGGCUCCUACUCUGUGAUGUACCCGGAUGGCAAUCUACGUAUCAUCUCGUUCAACACCAACUUCUACUACAAGGAGAACUUCUGGCUCUAUGAGAAGACCAUGCAGUCGGAUCCUAAUGGCCAGCUCGCUUGGCUCGUCACCGAGCUCGAUGCUGCCGAGACUGCAGGUGAGCGUGUGUGGCUCCUCGGACACAUGCCCAUGGGAGCUGGUGAUGCGUUCCACGAUGGAUCCAACUACUUCAAUCAGAUUAUCCAGCGCUAUGAUGCGACCAUUGCGGCAGUCUUCUAUGGCCACACCCACAAAGAUGAGUUCGAGAUUGCCUACUCGAACUACUCCAAUCCGUCUGCAGACACUGCCACUAUGAUGUCCUAUAUUGCGCCGGCCUUGACCCCAACCUCGGGCAACCCGACUUUCCGUGUCUACUCAGUUGAUCCAGUAACUUUUGGUGUGCUGGACUACACCGUGUACAUUACCAACAUGUCGAGCUCUACCUAUCAGACAAAGCCGACCUGGGAGAAGUACUACUCUGCGAAGGACACUUACGGUUCUCUCCUGAGCCCUGCUGUCACCGAUAGUGCCGCAGAGCUCACACCUGCAUUUUGGCAUAAUGUCACGGCACUAUUUGAGAGCGACGACUCCGUCUUCCAAGACUACAUUGCUCGCAAGAGCCGAGGGUGGGACGUCUCGUCUUGCACGGGCGACUGUAAAACGGACGAAAUUUGUCAACUUCGAGCAGCCGAGUCGCAGUACAACUGCGUGACGAUCUCGCCGGGUAUCAACUUUAAGAAGAAGAAGCGUUCUGAUAGCAGCACCGUGACCCAGGAAAGUGCGUGCGGUGAAUCUGUUAUUGGUGCGAUAUUCUCCAAUUUCGAAGAGAGCGUGUCGGCUUUCAAGACCUCUGCAUCUUCGAAGCUAGGCCAGACUUUCCUUAACUCCACGGUGAACUCCACCAUUUCGUAA